AUGGGAGGGAGUUCGGAGUUGACCGUUGUUCAACGACGUCGCCGGUUCGAGUCCGAACAUGAACAUGUUGGCGCCGAUGGGCUGAAGACGCUUCGGGAUUCAUCUGCAGACGCGUCGAAUCUCAAGUACCUGCCGGCCUCGAUCACCUCGCUCGACCUGGCCUACACCCUCGUGACCGAGUCCUGCUCGCUGUACGAGCAGGACAAGAUCAACUUCUUCUUCAAGGACAUCGUGCGGUGCAUGCCCAACCUGCGGUUCCUGGAACUGCGGUGCGGCUACCCCUACGGCUCGCUCAAAUACGGCCCCUGCCUCCGGGGCAAAGUGGAAGUGCUCGUGCUCGACCAGCCGCUCGCCGACGACGCCGAGGACUCCAUUCCUGACCUGAGCGAAGCACUCCCCACUCCCCAUGUGGACAACGAUCCUACGGAAAGCAACAAACGGCCGCGCACGACGCCGGAGUUGAGUUUCAAGGCCGAAGGAGGCGGGGGCGGGGUGAACAAGGCCGACGUGGAGGCCAUCAUGGCGGCCCUGCGUGAGAAGCCCGACUGGCAGCGCAAGGUGGCCGACCCGGCCAUCGCCCGCCGCUACACCCUCGAGGCCGCCCAGCAGGGCGCUUCGCCCGCCUCCGUGGCCGUGGCCCUGCGGCGCCUACUCGUCAACGCCGUCAAGACCCUGAGCCAGGGCCAAGACCAAACAAUGACAGUAGACAAGAAGAAGAAGAAGAACCACUUGGGGGUCCCCUUCAACAACACGCUCACCACGCCUCCAGUCAGAGUGGAGAACGGCUGGCCGAUCGACGAUGAAGAUGAGGACUACUACCAACCUGAGGCGGACCAGUACGGCUGGCGCGAGCGCAAGUUCACCCGGCCGGGCGAGGACUACGAGUACCUGGCGCGCGAGCGCAAUGAUGUGCACGGGGUGCGCUACGUGGACGGGGCGGUGCUUGCGGAGCUUAAGACACGGCUCGAGCGCGCACUCGACGCCAUCGCCGCCGAGCCCGACAAGGACUUCCACCCCGGCUCCGAGGGCAAGGACCUGAUCCACCCAUCGCUCUAUCCCUACGUGCGCGGCCUCAGCUACGAGGCCCCGUCGAGGGGCUCGACGCCCUCGGCGGAAGCAGCGGACGCCAGGAAACAGUCUGGCACCCCCAGCGCCAGCGCCAGCCGCAGCUCCACCACUUCGUCAUCGUUGCCGGUCCAGACUGGCGAUGACGAUGAAGACGAUGACGAGUUCGCGGGCAUCGAGGAGGUGGGUGGCGACCCGGCCCAGGAGCGCAAGUACGCCGAGCAGGCCCGCAGGCUCGAGGCCCUUGACUCCAUCUACCAGUGGCUGCCGGCCGAGUUCAACGUGUCGCCCGAGGGCCACGUCACCAUCGCCUCCUACAUCAACAACCUCCCGCGGGUCGAGCGUCAUGCCGAGCUCUACGACGCGAUCGCGGCCGUGUUCCGCCUCUUUCUGCCGCUCUUCGCCGAAGUGGUGGGCGGGCGCGAGGAGCGGCUCUAUGGGCGGAGGCUGCAGGUGGUGGUCAAGGCGGCCAACUACGUGGUGCAGCCGGGCGAGCGCUACGAGGGCUCGUGGCACGUGGAGGGCAUGAAGCAUGAGCACAUCUGCGCGUCAGGCAUCUACUACUACUCGACCACGCCCAACCUGCGCGACACGUGCCUCGCAUUCCGCGACAAGCGGUCGGAGUCGAUGUCGAGCCGCGAGAACAGCCACAACACGCCGUUCAACAUCAACCUCGGCAAGGUGGACACGCCGGAGGGGAGAUGCCUGGCCUUCACCAACACGCUGCAGCACCGGGUCAAGGGCGUCACCAACGACUCCAACGAGCCCGCCGUGCGCAAGAUCCUCUGCUUCUUCCUCAUCGAUCCUGACCACAGGGUGAAGUCGUCGGCGGACAUUCCCGAGCAGCAGUGGGACACCUUCAAGCCGGUCGUGGUGCGCACCCUCAUCGAGGCCUCGGUGGCGGCCAUCGGCGUGCCGCUGCCGCGCGAGCUGCUGGUGAUGAUCCUGGACAAGGCCAGGUGGGGCUUCACCAAGGCCGAGGCACACGCCCAUCGCGAGGCGCUGAUGAAGGAGCGCAAGUACUUCAUCGACGCCAACAAUCGGCUGUGGGAGCGCUCGUUCUCCUUCUGCGAGCACUGA